AUGGCAGCAAUGGCAAAACCCCUAUUUUCCACCAACAUUCUCUCUCUCUCUCACCUUCUCAUCCUUGUUGUCAUCUCCUUUUCCGGCCACGUCGCCGCACAAGAAUUUCCGCUUGACGGAGUAAGGGACACACGAAAUAGUUUUGUCCGGGCAGGACAAAGUUACUACAUAUACUCUGCCUACAACCGUUACCCAGUCAUCUUCACUGCUGUCGGCCCUGAGCCAUGCCCAAUAUACGUGGCCAUAAACACAGCUGGCCGUGCCGCCUUUCCGGUUAGAUUCUUCUCAGUAAAUGGCCGGGAAACUUUUAUUCGUCUCAACGUUUCAGUGACCAUCGAGUUUACUUGGACCUUUCCCUGCUUCAAUAGCACCGUGUGGCAGGUUGCGCCGAAUAAUCAUAAGGGCGACGAGCAGCAAUUGAUAACACUUGGCGGAACACAAGGGAAGCCGGGGUGCAACAACAUCCGAAGCUAUUUUAAGAUUGAAUGGGCCCCUGGAGACGUAUACCGCAUUUCUUAUGACCCUGACGACGUCUGCGACAUCCCGGUGCAAUCCUAUUCCGUCGGCCCCGGCACCGUCUAUGCAAAUGGAGCUCAGCCUUUGGCACUGGUCGAUGCGGCUCCAAUGUUAUCAGAACUCGAGGAUAACCCAAAAAAUGGAAUGUUGCAUACUGUUGCUAAAGACUUUCUAUAUGGAUAA